GUUCCCUGCGGAACUGGCCCCCCGGGGUCUAUCCCCACUCACCUCUGGGAGGUCCCCUAGGCCUCUCCGCUCCCCCACCGCCAGUUCAUGCUUCAGCCCCCGGCGCAGUUCCUCAUUCUCCUCGCACUCGGGCCUCAGGCUCAGUGGAGCUCAGCACUGGGGUGUUGGUGGCAGCACUGAGGGGCCCCCCACUGCCCCAUCAUGGCGUCUGCUCUCACCGUCCUCUUCCUUGGCUGCUGGCUGGCCGGUCACAGUGGGGCGUGGGGAGAGCCCAGCUACCCCAAACCCAACAUCUCCCUGCACCCAAGUGGGGCAAUCGCCCCGGGGGGAGCCGUGACCGUCCGGUGUGAGUGUCGGUGUCGGGGAGCGAGGGUCCUUCUGUAUAAAGCUGGAGACCCAGAAGCACGGCAGGGCAAAGACCCCCCAGAGGAUGUGGCUCAAUUUUUCAUCCACAACAUGAGCCAGAGAGAUGCAGGGAGCUACAGCUGCCAAUAUAGCAUCAAAUCCAACCUGUCCGUCUGCUCAGAGCCCAGCGACGCCAUGGAGCUGGUAGUAGCCGGUGAGGGGCCCGGCUCAGCUUCCCCGCUCCCAGCCCCACACCCAGCUGGAUACUCAGAAGGGCUCAGCCCCAAUGGGCCAGGCUCUGCCCUGAGCUCUGGAUCCAGCAGAGGGGACACCCGGCUGGGGAGCGGGGACGCAAUCACUGCGGGGUUCCCCAGCCAGGGGGAGCAGAAGCUGCUGGAGAUUCAGGGCAGAGGAAGGGGGGAUCCCUGCCCCCAGAGAGGCUGCAGAACAGGGGGCCUUUCCCAGGGGGAUGUUCCCCCAGCUGACACACAGAGGAGUCAGGGCCCAGAGGAUGCCCAGCUGGCUCCAGCCCCAGUGCUGAAUUCACUCCCCACCAGCCUGGACAAUUAAACCCAUAACAAAUGCCUGGUCGUUGGGCGAGGGGCCCAGUCGCUGAGUCACUGUUUCAGCCACUUCCCACCAGGGCCUGGGUGCUGGUUCCGUCCCUCCCCAGCCCCAGCCCACGCUCGAUUUCAUCCCACAAAGGGAACCGACCCAGCUGGGCCCCAGCAGCCGGAUCCCCCUCAACAGAGCCGGAGGGAGAAGGUGAGCCAGAGAAAUGGAACAAUUCAUCCCCCAGGGAACAGGGCUCCCCGCUCCGACGCCCAUGGGGCCAGUCGGGCUGUUUGGAGGGGGAUGGUCCUUGCAGACAGUGCUGAUGGGUUCAUUUCUUCUAUAUAGAGGGUGAUGGACAGAUCCAUGGGGAAGGACGGCUACGGGCCCUGGUGUACGCUGGUUCUAUUCCCGCAGAGGGAACCGCCCUGAUCCAGGCUGGAGCGGCGCCGGCUCCCACCCGC